AUGCAGAAUUUGCAUAACAAAGACUCAACCCCAGGGCAAGACCAACAAAUUGCCUGUCAUCAACUCAAAUCUGUGAAGACGCUGAUUGAUCAGCACGUGCUCGCACCCACUCACACAUCCAAUGUAGAGAAGCUUCAAAACGUUGGAAGAUCUGGCCCAGCAACCUCCAAGGAAUGCCCGGGCUACUGUGUGAAUCACCACCCUGAGAACAAGUUGUACCUGUACAUGAAGGAGUUGAAGCUUUGGUUGUCCUACAACAAUAUGGACUGUGAUAUGACUCAGCACAAGUACUGGCAUAUCUACGCAGGUGACUUGCUAUGGAUUCGUCACAAAGAUUGCCAUACCAAAUUCCUUGUCGAUAAGGAGGAGAAGAGACAGUGCUGCCAAGCAUGUGAGUCCCUCACCGAUCGGAAGUCUGUGCAGAAGACGCCCGUGAGGUUUUUGAUGAAGUUCUAUGCAGCCAUGUUGUUGCAAAAGCGCUUGUUCUGCAACGAAUCAGAGGUUGCAAGUUUCAUGGAGGAUCUUGAGGAUGGGACUUUUGCUUCCAACAAUGCUGUGGCUUGGAAACAAAUCCAUAGCUUGAAAAAUAUGAACCUUCAAGCCUUUGUUCGGCGUUCCUGGAGCCAUAUCCCUGACGUGCAAAAGACUUCAAAUAUCAAGAUCUUUUUGGGAACUGUCGUGGACCCUUGCCUCAAAGUCCACGUGAACACUGUCGGCUCAAACCUGACGGCUCUCUCCUCCAAGUUUGUGGACGCUUUGUGUCAGAACUCUCAAAGUGAGCUUGCAGAAGUGAACGCAAAGAUCGCCCAAGCCGCUGUCACUGGACGCUUAGACAGAAAUCCGUUUGUGCAAGGCUUGCUGGUGCAACUUCUGAUCCGUUUGGAGAAGGAAGAGCGCGGCGUGAACACAUCACAUGGCAGACACAGAGCCGCAUCAGAGACCGAGAUCCAUCUGAUGGAGAACGCAGCCCUCAAUCUAGCCAUCCUCGGUGGAAACAAAGCACUCUGUGAAGAGCUUGGCCAGAAGAAAAGGAAACCGAAGAUUUCUAUGGAGGAUCUGCCUGAAUUGGGUCUUCCAAACCCGACCCUUGCCCUCAUGUAUGAGGAUCAACUAGAGAACAACUUCAUGCUUGUCGACCAAUUGUUCCCUCGCAAAGAAACCUCCAGGAGCAGACGCCUGAUCAUGGGCAUGGACGGGACAUACCUUCUCAAAAGUGCCUGCCAGUUCAAGAUCAAAGAUACCGUAGGGCUGGUAGGAGGGGCUUGGUCUCCAGUUGACGACUCUCAGGCCUUUGUAGAUUUGACUGUGAAUGUGAAGUCGCUGGAGAAAGCACCAACGAUGUUGGAGUUUGUUCUGUGGGACCCGUGUGGAUGGACAAAGAACACUUACAGCGUGGCAUCCAUGCCUAUGGCUCUCUCAGCCCCCAAGCUGACCCAAAAGGAGACGCAGGUUCACGCAGGGAACUGGGAAAUUCUGGUGGUGAUUUCCAAGAUCAUGACCUCGGGUGCAUGGUUGGUGAAAGGCAUCACGUAUGAUGGUCACAAUGCGCACCACUACCUGAAAGAAUGCCACGCUUCGAAGAAUGGAGCGGGGCAGCUAGUCUCCCCGUUGAGGACGAUCAUGUUCGGCCAGUAUUUCACGGAUUCAAGUGGCGCGAGGAAGUGGGGGCUUCCACCCGCUGUGUUCCGUCGAAGCGAGCCCAUGUCCGAUGCGAUGAAUGCUGCCCUUUGGAACCCCUACUAUGUGAUUAGCAGCACAGGGUUCCUCAUCUUGAACCUUUGCAUCGCUUUGUGCACAGCCCCUUCCAAUCACGCCACCAUGCCCCUCGAGAUGCAUGCAGAAAAUUGUCUCUGUGGGCUGAUGCUCAUCGAGGUGUUCCAGAUGCUCUCCAAUCAGGAAUCUACUCGUCGUGGCUUGCCGCGUGGAUCCCUAUUUCUGGCAGCAGAGACUGUCAGAAAUCUUCAGCACGCUGCAAUGGGAGUCAUCAGCGUGACAGUUUCAAAAUCCACGGAAGGCUCCCCCUGGGAAAGGGGGGGGCAAAGAUUGUCAGAGUUGUCGAUCGAGCAGCACUUCGGGCGGCUGAGGACACAGAGCCCGAGUGCACAGCUGACAGCAAAGGCAUACUGGACCGCCUGUGCAAGAGACAUGUUGCGCAGUGCUCGACAGCCAAAGCCUGCAGGUCAUUCAAGACCCCCUCCAGAGAAUAUGGAGCCAUUGACAGCUGAUGAAUUCUAUGUUGCUUCUGAGCGAGCCUACCGGUCUGCUCUCCGCUUUGCAGCCUAUUGUGCUGGCUCGACCAUUGAAUCCUUGGAACAGACCUACCUGGAGUGGUGCAACCAGAAGGGCUUUGACAAGGAAGGGCCUUUGUUGGGUGAUGAGCAUGAUAUGGAUCUGGAUGGUCCUGUGGAGAGUGGCAAUUCGGCCUCAACGUUUCUUGAUGAGAUUUGCACAGAUGCAGCGAUGGAGGGCGACCUUCCUGAAGAACUUCCAACUAGUGAAGUCCAAGAAGAUUUUGAGCUGAAGAAUGUCCCAGAUUCAGAGCUUCUCAAAGAUCUUUUCUCAGCGAAGCCCGCCUCGGAUGAUGGAGAACCAGAAGUGCCGCAAGAGUCUCCUUCCAAAGGGUCUUGUUCGGGCGGCUUGGGGGAGACUUUGCAUCAUUCCCUUUGGUGCUUGGGACAGCAUGCGACCAAUGCAGAGAUUUUCGACUCCGUAUGGCGUUUAGUCAUGUUCAACUGCCACAAGCUCAAGGAGAUGCGUGAUGAAGAGGAAACGACAGUGUUCCGUCAGCGCACGGGUCGCCUUCAGAAAUGGAGGGAUUUGGCAGAGGAGGCCGCCCGGGAAAAGUCCAUGUCUGGCGAUAUUGUCAUCGCCUUGCUUCCUGGUGGCAUGAAAAGUUCUGCACGCAAGAGUGUGGUGGGAAUUGUGAUGUCGGUCUGGGUUUCUGUGAGAAAGCCUCGCCUGGCGACAAGUUCGGCACCGAUGAAUCAUUGCGUCGCAGUGCGCAUUGUGGUCAUGGACGGUGUUGGCAAUGCGUUCAAGUGCAAUUCUCGCAGCCCUGCCUGGGUGAUCCAACCAGAAUCCAUUGUGAGCGUCCUUGCAUGGGAUUCAGUUCAGAAUGAGACUGAAGAGUGCAAGGUCAAACUUACUCAGGAGUCCGUUGACAUGUUGGAGAAGAUCAAGCAAAAUUGUGUCGAAGAUUGGUGGCCUUUGCCUUCUGAAGGCACAGACGCCCCAGCACAGAAACCCCGACAAGUGGGACUCUUCCUGCGUGGUCAAAUUCGGCGCAGGCGCGCUGUUGGCAAGGCCAAGGCAGAGGUUGAAAUCGAAAGUGAUCCCAAAAAUUUCCGUCGAAAUGGUGUUGGAGUGCAGUUGGUGGAGCAGCAGAUGCAGAAAGCCAAGCACUUGGAUGAUGUGAAGUUCAAGAACAACACCAUUUUCUCAGAGUCCUCAGAAGAGUGCCGGCUGAAGAUCACAAUUUGCCAGGGAAAGAAGUGGGUGGACGUUUGUAAAGCUGCACAUCCAUACUUCAAAGCUUUGUACGCGACAGCAACUCCUAAGAGGUGGUCUGAGUUGGUCUCGAAGCAAUUGUUUGCUGUGAUCGAGGGUUUGGAAAGUGAAACACCAGACCGAAAGAAAUGGAUGCAACUGAUCCGCGAUAUUUGUCAGUUCCUCCAUGAUUUGUCUUCCAAGUAG